CACUCAUCAGUACCGUUUAAAGGUCUGCAGUAUAGCUAUCCCACAGACUGAAAAACAGGUCAUUUAGAGUUGGAAUAAUGGAUAAAAAUAUACCUCUAUUCAAUGUUCAACUUUAUAUUUAUGACCUGUCAAGAGGAAAGGCUCGCAGCUUUAGUCCUAUCAUGUUAGGUAAACAGCUGGAUGGGAUAUGGCACACAGCUAUAGUGGCAUAUGGUGAGGAGUUCUUCUACGGAGAGAAUGGCAUCUCCAGCUGUUCACCGGGAGGGACCAUGCUGGGGCCUCCAGAAACAGUGGUGGAGCUUGGCGAGACUGAAUUGACCGAGAAGAUGUUUAUGGACCAUCUCUCCUCUCUUGGAGAGACCACAUACAGAGGUGACAGGUAUCGUCUGUUUGAGCACAACUGUAACACUUUUACUAACGAGGUGGCUCAGUUCCUGACUGGCAGGACCAUACCGUCUUACAUCACAGACCUUCCAUCAGAGUUCCUCUCCACACCUUUCGGCCAAAUCCUUCGACCGAUCCUUGACUCCAUGCAAAUCGCCCCUCCAGGAAGUAACGUCAUUAACGGUGGAAGAAAUAACUAACCGGAUGGAGCUGCUUUAGGUUCUCCAGCAGUCCCUGGGAUUGGCUAUUCCAAGUCUUGCUGUCAUGCAUCAGGACAUGAAUGCUCCAAGCGUAGCACUCAGGAGAACCUAAAAGCUCACCUCCUUCUUUCCAGCUUAGUGACACACUAACCCGACCGCUGAAAUGUACCACUGCACAGGUUGCCCUUUAUCGCUCCGAUGUACGUUGUUGCUUGCUGCUAGCCUUCAUGUGAAAACAGCAGAUUGCACCAGAUAUUUAUAGGUAUUGUUUACCAGUUUAUUUAAGAAAACAGUGUUAUAUAUUUCUGCACUUUGUAUUGAUUGUAUAUUUGUUGUCAUUUCUUUGUAAAUCUACCGAUAAUUAAAAAUCAUUGAAACUCUU